AUGAGGAAAACAUUUUUCCGCUGCUGGACCACCGCAGCUUCGUUGUCGUGUUCGCUGAGAUUGACAGUGCCGGUGCUACUGUUGCUCUCUUGUUCGCUGGUGAUAUGCGGCGACGCAGGAGAUGUGGAAAACUUUAACCGGCACUACAACGAUGUCGUACAGCGGGAUGAUCUGCGCGCAACUAUCAGCCGGCAGCUGCCGAAGCAAGGCAAGUUUUUCGAGGAGUUUGAUCGGAUGAUCCCGCAGACGUGCCGCUACAAGGGCCGUAAGUUCGAGUGCGGCCUGUCCAUUUCGUGCGUGCUGGGCGGGGGAAAACCGAUCGAUCUCUGCUCCGGCGGUAUGAUCUGGUCCUGCUGCAUCGAUCGCGAUCUCCAGCCGGACGCCGAUCCCGAACAAGGCGCCGUCCACAAUGCCAGUUGUGGUGAACUGUACACGAGAACCAACCGCAUUGUUGGCGGUCACUCGACAGGCUUCGGAACGCAUCCCUGGCAGGCGGCUUUGAUCAAAACCGGUUUCCUCACAAAGAAGCUGAGCUGUGGCGGUGCGCUGGUCUCCAACCGAUGGGUCGUGACAGCUGCUCACUGUGUUGCCACAACACCAAACAGCAACCUCAAAGUACGGCUCGGCGAAUGGGAUGUCCGGGACCAGGACGAACGACUGAACCACGAAGAGUACAGCAUCGAACGGAAGGAAGUUCAUCCUAGCUAUUCACCGAGCGAUUUUCGAAAUGAUCUCGCAUUGGUUAAAUUAGACCGCAAAGUAGUCUUCCGGCAGCACAUCCUGCCGGUUUGCCUACCGCCGAAGCACACCAAACUGGUCGGCAAAAUGGCCACUGUAGCUGGCUGGGGUCGAACCCGGCACGGGCAGAGCACGGUUCCGUCGGUUCUACAGGAAGUGGACGUCGAAGUGAUACCGAACGAUCGCUGCCAGCGCUGGUUUCGCGCUGCCGGCCGGCGGGAAACGAUCCACGAGGUGUUCCUGUGUGCCGGCUACAAGGAAGGUGGCCGCGAUAGCUGCCAGGGUGACUCGGGAGGGCCGCUAACUCUUACUUUGGACGGUAGAAAAACGCUAAUCGGGCUGGUGUCCUGGGGCAUCGGUUGUGGCCGAGAACAUUUGCCCGGAGUCUACACCAACAUUCAGAAGUUCGUGCCUUGGAUCGAAAAAGUAUUGGGAAAGGAGUUUGCCUAGAGAGAAACGGCCAUUCGACAAAUUCGAAGACGUCGGUGUCAUAUCCUGUGUGUAAAUAGUCAUCGGAACGGAGAGAGGAAUUACUAUCACGAAGUUCUACUGUUUAGUUUAGGCGAUUAGAUUUACGCUGUAAUUGGAUUUAUUAUUAUUUACUGAGAUGUAAAUUGUUAGGUACACGCUGUUAUUGAGGCGCAACAUUUUUCAUAUCUUCAUUUGUUUGUAGUGUUGUGGGAGGGAUGCGACAGUAUUUUUGUUCACUAGAGCUGCACAAUGAG